AUGCAUCUGAAUGAAGAACUGGAAGCAUCGUACGAAUCACACUCAAAAGCCUGGAACAAACUUUACUAUGCCAGAAUGCACGACCGGCUACCGCGCGAGAUCCGAGAUAUGAUCAAUGCUGAAUUCUGGGAUGAAAACUACUUGACAUGCGGAGAAGGCUAUGAGGUAGCCAUGAAGGCUAAUGACGAACCCACACUUCGCCAUAUAUCGUUACCUCAUCGUAUCCUGCGCAUCUCCCACGUCGUCCUACCAGAGUACGUAGGAGAUGCAGCUGCAAAAGAGAACGUCCAGAUGUGGUACGAGGCCUACGGAGCCAUGACCUGCUCCCGCGACUGGCUCGCACUCGGCCGCCGCAACAUAAGGGAAGAUCUCACAAGAGCUAUAUGCAAAGAUACAUUCGGAGUGGGCUUGGAUCCUGCCACUGCUCUCCGAAAAUUGACCAUCGAAGUCUCCGACACCUCUCUCGUGCUAGACCACGAGCAAUCCGACUUCAAAGAUGCUACCUCACGUCAAGACGCAUUCAACCUGCUUCAUCGCAUCAAGAAGAAGAGAGGGUUCAAGCUCGAGAUCAAUAUUCGCCACGAUUGCAUCCGUCUCAAGAUGUGGCCCGAAAUCCUUGGCCUCCUGCAACCCAUCGUUAAGGUAUUUGAGCAGGAAGGAGCCCACGUUCGUGUUUUGUCUAGUUAUGACCCUCACCGCACGAAUUGCAUGGAUGAGAGCCCGGGGGUUGGCACCGAGAUGGAACACCUGAUCAGGACAUACGAUCCGGUGACUUGGGAGCAGAGUGUGAAGCAGGAAAUGAUCGAUUAUUUCGAGGGGGUGAGACAGUUGCAACUCAUCUGA